AUGGAGUUCCAAGCCGGCUUCCUCCUUUCUGUGGCCUUAUUUAUCCUCCCUGCAGGAAUCUACGCCACCGCAUUCACUCUCAAGAACAAUUGUUCUUUCACAAUCUGGCCGGCAACUCAGGCCGGCGCCGGCAGAUAUCAGCUAUCUUCAACUGGGAUCCCGUUAGUGUCCAAUGCUACGGCCUCCUUUGACCUCCCCGCCGACUGGUCUGGUCGGAUAUGGGCUCGAUCCGGCUGCUCCGCCGAUGACGCCGGUAAGUUUACCUGUCAGACAGGCGACUGCGCCUCCGGCCAGGUAUCCUGCAACGGGGCCGGCGGGGUUCCUCCGGCGACCCUCGUGGAAGUCACCCUGGGAGCCAGCGGCGGCCAAGAUUUCUACGACAUCAGCCUCGUCGACGGCUUCAACCUGCCAGUGUCGUUGGCCCCCCAAGGCGGCGCCGGGGGAUGCCAGGCCACCAGCUGUGCUGCGGACGUGAACAAGGUGUGCCCGCCGGAGCUGGCGUUGAAGGGAGCGGAGGGCAGCGUGGUAGGGUGCAAGAGCGCGUGCCUGGCGCUGAAGGAGGCGCAGUAUUGUUGCACCGAGAACUUCAGCUCGCCGGCGACAUGCCUGCCGACGAACUACUCGAAGGUGUUCAAGGCGGAGUGUCCUCAAGCAUAUAGCUACGCGUACGACGACAGGACAAGCAUAUUUACGUGCGCCGGAGCUACUAAUUACGUUCUCACUUUCUGUCCCUGA